AUGACCUCGAAUCGGGCGUGUGCAGACCUCCAGCACCACUCCCUCAGCCCAACGGACACUCACAUCAGUCCGGCUCCGACGUUAUCGAAACUCAACCCCUCGACGAACCAUCCCCAGCUCAGCCACAACAUUGCCAAAAUCCAAUCUGGUCAGAACCCCGCAGACGAGCCCUCUUCCUCUCCUCCCACAGGCCAAACCACCGCACUCUCCACCCCCACCACCUCGGCUGAUUCGACUACCCGUCAACUCAAGCAACAACCCACCAACACCGCUGUUGCGUCCCAAUCUCACAGCACCACCAUCAUCUUCAACCAAUCCUCGUGGGUCACCGCCGACGAUCAGCCCGUGCAGACCCCUCGUUACAUUCCCUACAUCGAAUUCGAUAACUAUAGUACCUACGGUAACCUCAUCUUCGACCUCAACACCGGUCUCAGUCGGACGGCACGGGUGGAUUGUAAACCCGAUGGUCUCGAGAAAGCCCCGCCCGAAGCACUCGAAGAACAUUUUGAGGCCCAUGGCGAAUCCAGCAACGAGCCAUCACCUGACCAGCGCUUGAAGAUCAAGAUCAUCCCUCCCCAGUCGGCCUCCUCCAACCCACCCAUCGAGACCGCUUCCACAUCCACCUCAUCUCACUUCAACCGACCACCCUCAUCCCUUGCUGGGGGGAUCUCGAAUCAUAACAGGCCGCCCUCGGCUUUCAGCUGUGCAGCCCAGUCGGAAGAUAACCGAUCAGCCUCAGCCUCGGAAGCGCACUCCUUGGAGCCCUGGGCGGUCCCUCGCUCAGGCCGAUUCUGGGGGCAUGACGAUCGCCAGAGCUACCACCACCGACGGGGCGGCAGAGGGUUCCUGGCGAAGCAGACUGGAAACGCCGGUGGUCCCUCGCGCGGCACGCUGCGCAACCGGGGCGGGUUUCGUGCUGAUUGGCCCGCCAAUUCACCCUCCUCUAGGAAGUCUCAACAAGGCUCUAUCCAUCGUCCGGAAACACCCGCCGGCCAGAGCGAUACCGGACGUAGCGUCGCAUCCGCCGGCUGGAUCACCGUUCCUUCCAAACCAAAACCUUUCCUCAACGGCUUUCAACAUCCCCACUUUCACAAAUCUCACCCGGCUGACCAAGCCGACGGUGGCGAAUGGAGGCACGACGGCUGGGAAGAGAUCGAACGGGAAGCUGAUCGCAAGCUUUACUUCAGUAACCGCGGCAGAGGCGGUUUCAAUCAUUCACGUGGUGCCCCAGGAUGGCGCGGCGGUGCUCCAUCGUCAUCCGGCCAACUUCGUCGACCGACGACCAACCUGGCUGCAACCUCUGAAAUUCCAUCCGUCAACGGUAAGGCUGAUGUCGGGCCAGAAAAAUCGUCAUCCGUGUCGGCAUCUACCUCUACCCCGCGCGGCAAAGAGUCCGAUGAAGCUCCCAGCUCAACCCCAACCAACGAGCCUUCCCAAGCAAAUACCCGCGACGGCAAGCUCGUCAAUGGAGAUCAGCAUGUUCUCGAAGCAGCAGCAGCAGAGAAGACUGCGAUCGUAGAUACCACCACUCGAGCCAACCCGUCCCCAAGCCUGUCCCGCUCGGCCACUCCCUCCAGCCAAGCCCAGCCGGUUCUCGUCCAACUGCCGAAGACGAUCAAGAUCGGAACAAUACCCGUCUAUCCUCCGGCGACCCUCCAAUCACACGCGGCCGAGAAGAGCGAGGUGGUAGCGAAGUCGCAAGCCCCGCCGAGCCCGGUGGUGGACCCCAGCAGCAGCCGUGUGCCCAGUCUUGGCCAGAGCCCCAGCACUCCGGAUCUCUCGGAUACUCCCCAGGUUUCUCGAAGUGCGAGCACGUUGGAAGACCACCCCUCCCAAAAAUCUGACCCGGUCUUGACGCCCCUCAGUAUCGCCGAGCCAUCGGCGUCCGGGCCGAUCACGCUAGGCUCUGCCGGAGGAGCAGAGGUGCUGAGGGAGGCCAUGUCCACGCCCAAGGUCCUCAUGCCGUCCUACCCUCUCCCUCCCCACGAGGCGAUGAUCCCGAUGAGCCAUCCAAGCAGGAAUAUCAACUCGCAGCAGCAGCACGACAGCCAUUCCAGGACAUCCUCAAUGAACUCUCAUCCCCUCCGCCCCCCUCCCCCACCCCACAGCUUCGCACUCGCACAUCCCUCCCAUCUGGGCUCCUCUCCCGGGAACUUCUACCACCAGCCCUCGCUGGGCCCGAUCCCCCCUCUCCAAUACUUCGACUCGCACAGCCACAACGUCGUCUACCCCCACCCGCCCUCCUUCGGGCCUCCAAGCCACCAGCCCUUCGAGCCCUCCCCGCCCCCCGCCCUUCCCCCUCCUCCACCGCCGUCCACCAGUCCCGGGAUGUCUGCAGCUCCCUUACUCCCGGGCCACUUCGCGCCCCCCAAGUCGACUAAGGUCCGCAUCAGCCAUCCCGGCAAAGCGGGCCAGCCCGCCGGCGCGGGAGGAGACUCCACCCUCUCCUUCGGCCCUCCUGCCCCCGCCUCCAAACCCCCGCCCUCGGACCCCCCCAGUCUGCUGACGCUCUCCGGCGAUGGCCAUCAGCAGCUCAAGACCACCGAGGCCGGGAUCAGCUACUACGAGUUCAACGGCCCCCCCUCUCUCCCCGACCACGCCCCCUCCGACAUCCACCACCUCCACCACCACCUCCACCACCCGCUCCUCGCCUCCGACUCCCCCCAUCUGGCCCCCCUGCCUGGACCCAUCCCUACUGGCGGUCAGGUCGUCCUCUCCCAGGUCAUCCGCCCCCCCCUCGGCAUCCCUUUCGGCUAA